GCCUGGAGCUAAAGCAGGGUGACAUAUCAGUGAAAUUGCUCGAUGGAGGAGCAGUGAAGAUCCAAGGUGUGCUGGAAGCUUUAGCCGUUGGGUUUGGUGAUCAGACUAGGACAGUCGAGGCCUACGUCUUAGACUCUGCUCACUGGGAGUUGGUUCUACCACGAUGGGUACUGGGUAACUGUGUUUGGGUGAUGGCUGGUAACGACUACCUACUCUUCGAUGAGGUUGAGGUCAACCCUCACGGGGGAGUGCAGGAGGCGAGGGAGAUAGGCGCUAAUGCAGUCGAGAGAGACCGAUCUCUCCCGACACGAAGAGUGUGGCCAGCUGUCGUGAAGGUCCCUUGGAUUGAUGAUCGUAGACCUAAGCAGAAUUAUGAUGCCAUCAGAGGCCGAGAUUUGAAGAUCACACAGAGGCUGGCCAAGAGACCUGAAGAGUUAGCAGCGUAUGAAGCGGCCGUGGACGAGCUCUUGAAGUCCGGGGCGGUCGAGGAACUCCCACUGGGGGAGGACCCGAGGAAAUGGGCUUACCACUAUAUGUGUGGGGUUCCGGUUUUCGCCAAUCAGCGAAAGUCCACUCGCUGUCGUAUUUGUAUCGACGCUCGAGAGCUUAACAACUUCACGAAUAAAGAAGGAGACGAGGAGGCCGCGGACAUGGACCUACAGUCACGGAUUCUAGAGUGGCGAGCGUCCAAGCGAGUUGAUUGUGAGGAUCUCAAGAACGCCUUCUGGUCGGUCCACAUCGAUAAAUCGGAUGUGAAGUGGUUGGGGAUGUGCGUCGGGUCGAGGAUCAUAAG